UCACUUUUGAGAAGAAGCAUCGAUUUCCGUUUCAUUUUUCAGGAACCUAUGAAUUCGACAGAACGUUUGUGGAAAUGCACCGUUGAGAAUCGAUUGAUGAUCCGCCCCGUGCACUAUUAA